UUUUUAUUCUUAAAUAUUGAUGAAUGAAGAUAAUUUGAUGAAUGAAGAUAAUAAUUGGGGUCAAGCAGAUGGGGCACUUUACUUAUCCAGGGGCAAAAGAGCAGGUGCUUGACCACCAUCUGUCCACGUGAUGGCACCUUGUCCACAUCCUCUUGACUCACAUCCGCCCUGACCAACAGAGGAUCGCUUCUUCUUCUUUACACUCCUCCACCUGAGGCUCAGCAGAGACCGUCAGCACAGUGAGCCAUGUCCUGUUCAGCCUCCCAGUCGACUCCUCAGCGUCCAUUUCUCCUCGGCAGCCUUUUGGUGUUUUGCUUCAUCUGCCUUUUCAUCUCGUACAUGGACGACAUCACCUACACAGAUUUUGGAAGAGUUGGUCGGAUUUGUCCUGCCUUCCUGUGUAUCGAGAAACUACAGAAUAAUGACUCAAUCCCCAGCAGCUCCACAGAGCUCCACAAUGAAACACAUUCAGGUCCAACCGAGAAGCUCCAGGCAGCAGCAGUGGACGCUGAGUCCGACACUGUUGUGCUGAUCUGGAUGUGGCCGUUUGGCUUCAGAUUUGAACUCAACUGCGACAUUUUCAAUUUCAAAAGAUGCCACUUAACAGAUGACAAGGAACUUUACCAUAAGGCCCACGGGGUGGUCUUCCACCACAGGGAUAUACAUGGAAAUUUAGAAAACAUGCCCAAAGUGCCACGCCCCGUUUUUCAGAAAUGGGUUUGGUCAAAUAUGGAGUCGCCCACCAACUCAGGUAAAAUCGCUGGACUGAAUGAGUUAUUCAACUUGACAAGCAACUAUCGGCGUGAUUCAAGUAUUCCAGUGCCUUAUGGGAAUCUGUAUCCCGUGACCUCUACAAAUGAGAGUUUCAAAUUGCCAGCAAAGGACAAGUUGGUGUGUUGGAUUGUGAGCAACUGGAGCCCGAAUAUGAAGAGAGUUCAGUACUACAAUGAACUGAAGAAACACGUAACAAUUCAUGCUUAUGGGGGAGCCUUUCAAAAACCUGUCGGUAAUGAAGACUUUGUAAAAAUAAUGUCUAGUUGUAAAUUCUACCUCUCCUUUGAAAACUCCUUCCACAGAGAUUACAUCACAGAGAAGUUCUUUAAUCCUUUGACUUGGGGAAGUGUUCCGGUAGUUAUGGGCCCGCCAAGACACAUGUAUGAGGGCCAUGCCCCAGCUGAGUCUUUCAUUCAUGUCGAUGACUUCCCUUCUCCCAAGGAGUUGGCAGAGCGGCUACUUUACCUUGACCAAAAUCAAACCGAGUACAUGCGAUUCUUCAACUGGAGAAGCAUGUUUAAAGUCAAAAGGGAUCUGUUUGGAAGAGAAAUUGCCUGCAAAACAUGUAGAUACUUACAAAACCACAAGGAGUACCAAGCUUUUAAUGAUCUUAACACUUGGUACUGGGGUUGAGAGGUUUUUAAACGCUUCAAUUUAAAUGUUCCACUGUGUAUUUAACUUUAUUUGUUGCUAAGGAAGUGUCCAAAUGCAGCUGAAAUGUUUUAAGUAAAGUACAGAGGGUCGGAAGUGAUAGAAAGCGUGGAUUCUGUUGUUGUGCAUGAUGUUCAAAGCAUGUUUCUAGAAACAUUUGAUAACAUUACACUUUAGUAAGUAACACAAGUUCUUUUUAUUAUUUGUAAUUGAGUUCAUUUGAAAAGCUUUUUACACACUUAAAUCCAAAUUCCGGUUAUUGAUUGGGUUUCUAAUGAGGAUAAGUUGUCUUUUCCCGGUUAUUGAAAAAUGUGUAUGAAAUCAUAAAAGUAAGACAGGGACAAUAAUUGUUUUGACCCUUGACCAACAGGAAGACAGGGACAAUAAUAGUUGUGACCCUUGACCAUUUUAGGAAUUUAAGUAGAAGUGCACCCCUAGCGGUGAGAAGUAUGUUACAUGUAUCAAUGUUUAGUGUAGAAAUAUAGUUUGUGUGAUGUUAGAUAGUAGAUAUUACAUUUGUAUGUUAAAUGAAGUGAAUGCAUUAUAGUCAAUAACAAUUUAUGGUCAUGUAAAUCAUAUAAACACUGUACACAUUAACAUCCUGUCAUGAUGUAAUGUUAAAACCUGGGGACGGAAGCUAAUUUCCGUCCGUUAUGGAUUUCUAACCAUCUUUCCCCAAAAGAGGGAUGUUGUUGGGAGUUUUUUCUCCUGUCAGGUAUUAGUUAAGCAAUUGGAUGCAAGACAGCCGAAUGAGGCAAUGUGUUGCACCAGAUAAACUGUGAUAAACCAAUAAGUACGGUGAUCUUAUAUGUUGUGUUGUAAUUGAAGUGUACUAGUUAUAAGAUGAAGACAAAUUAUGUAUAUGAUGUUAUAUUCACUCUUUGAGGCUUAAAGCCAAAAUGUUUUUACAUAAGAAUGCAUUGGAAUGUGAGGGAGAGAUAAGACAGAGAGGUUUCAGGUUACUGCAGCAGAUUCACACCUUGAUGUGAAAAGGCUGAACCAGGAGGAGAUACAUUGAAGGAGCCAAUGACAUUCAAAUACACCCAGAAGACAACCCCCCCCGGGAGUUUCGAAUCAUCAAACCGGGAGGAGAACAAUUAGAAUUUUUCUGCAGCCGCUUUGAUAAGUCACCUUUGACUUGGUCGGAGAAUUCUCUAUUUCGCGAAAUAUAUCACUAUUCACAUUGUAUUUCACUUUGUAAU